AUGUCUAAAGCUGUUUAUCUUCUGAGGAUAAACAUGAAAUAUAGCAUUCGUUUUGAAACAAGCAGUGGCUUCUCAAGACGUGUUUAUGGGGUGUUAUUAGCAAGAGCUUUAGCAGGAACUUUGCAAAGUUCAUUCUAUGGACCUACCAAACAUUUUUUACACUUUGGAUCCACGUUCUCUGGGAAGUCCAUUCAAUGUCUCAGGCGAUCAACACCUAAAUUGUUCACUGUUGCCCAUACUUCACUGAAAAAGACUAUACCAUGCUACUUGGUGAGACACAUGUUUAAGGAAAUUGACUACAUACUGGAGGGUCAAAAUGCUGAUCGCUUUGCUUCUCUCUAUGCUUGCAACUUCAAUAAUGAGAAGACGAGUACAGCUGGUGAUACUGUUGAAUACCAGAAAGCAAAUGGUAUUAAAGUUCCGAAAAUAUAUUGGAAGCUUACCCGUAAAGCUGUGCUUACUAUGGAAUGGAUUGACGGGAUUAAGCUUACAGAUGAAAUACGUCUAAAAAAGGCCUCUUUAAACCGAAAGGAAUUGAUUGACGAGGGGUUAUAUUGCUCUUUGAGGCAAUUGCUUGAGGUGGGCUUUUUCCAUGCUGACCCCCAUCCAGGAAACCUUGUUGCAACUGAGGAUGGAUCUCUUGCUUAUUUUGACUUUGGAAUGAUGGGAGAUAUUCCACGCCACUAUCGCGUCGGACUUAUUCAAGUGCUUGUGCACUUUGUUAAUCGUGACUCUCUGGGUUUGGCAAAUGACUUCCUUUCUCUGGGAUUUAUUCCUGAAGGGGUUGACUUACAAUCUGUUUCAGAUGCCUUGCAAUCAUCUUUUGGUGAUGGGACUAGACAAUCCCAAGAUUUCCAGGGCGUAAUGACGCAACUAUAUGAUGUUAUGUAUGAGUUUAACUUCUAUCUUCCUCCGGACUAUGCUUUGGUGAUAAGAGCCCUAGGAUCCCUCGAAGGGACCGCAAAAAUAUUGGAUCCUGAUUUCAAAGUCAUUGAAAGUGCAUAUCCUUUCGUUAUUGGGAGGUUGUUGGCAGACCCAAAUCCUGACAUGAGGAAAAUAUUGAGGGAACUUCUUAUCCGUAAUGAUGGCUCCAUAAGGUGGAAUCGGCUAGAACGGCUGAUUGGAAGGAUUAAUCUUCGUGGAAUUGAUCUUUGUUCAUUGCUGAAGAAUUUGGUGGACUUUGUAUUUGCCAUAGAUGGUGCUUUGCCUUCAUGA